CGAGCCUUGGCAGUCGGUCCAACCAAUUCCUACAGGUGCUCCAAGUUCUGGAGAGACAUACCAUCUUAACACAUAAAAAUGUGAACUACAAAGACGCUGACUUGCUGUGAGUGCAAAAUGUCUGCAGUGGACAGCCGCACAUUUGAAAUCGUCAAAGAUGUUGUCCUGUCAGCUCAACAGAACUGCACGACAGCUGAGAAAAUAGACUUCUACAACGUUUGGGCCAGCACCUUUGAGCAGGAUUCAACAGUUGUUGACUACCGUGCACCCAGUCUGGCAGCCAGCGCUGUCUCCACCCACUUCAGUGGCAAGCGCCAAGCCGCUGUGGUGCUGGACGUGGCCUGUGGCACAGGAAUGGUGGCCAAACUGAUGAAGAAAAACGGAUUUGAACAUUUCGUGGGUGUGGAUGGAAGUGAGGCGAUGCUGCAGCGGGCCACAGAGACUGGACUCUACCAGGACCUGAAGCUGGCUGUGCUCGGCCAGAAUCCGCUUCCUGUCCAAUCAGAUCACUUUGACGUAGUGGUAAUCGUUGGUGCUCUGAGCAUGGCCCACAUUCAUGUGAAGGUCAUCAGGGAGCUGUGUCAGGCUGCCAAACAGGGCGGCCUCAUCUGCAUGACGACCAGGGGUAACAUUGACAACCUGAGCUACAAAGCGGCCUUGGAGGACGAGAUAAAGCAGAUGGAGGAGGAGGGACUGUGGUGUUGCGUCGAGGUCACAGAGGUGAAGGAGUGGGAGAGAGCAGUGACUGCGUACGAGGAAGGCUACAUACCUGGAUGUGUGUAUCUCUUUAAGAAGCUUUAAGUGUGACAUAAGCACUAAGUCACAGUUUGUUAUAUGCAAUACAGCUAUGAAUAAA